AUGGUCGCGAAGAACAACACCAACGACAACAAGAACAAUCAUCAUCAUCAUCAUCCUCAUCAUCAUCGUGUAAGGAAAGCUGCGCUUCUCGGGGUCGCAACGACGACGUCGUUAUCGAUGAUGAUGAUGCUUCUUUCAUCCCCCGAAAUUGCUUUCGCGGAAGUCACGUGCAACUUGGUCACCCCGUGCACCAUGCCCCCGCCGAACGGCGAGCCGAGAUACAUCAUGCCGUCCUCGCAAUACGACCCGGCGAAAGACGCCGAGGAGAAGUUUAUGAAACAAUUGGAAGCGAAGAGAAAUAAAACGGCGGCGACCGCUACUGCUGCUGUUGUUGAAGAAGAACCGAAAGCUGUCGCGCCCGAGGCGGCUUCCGAGUAA